AUAAUCAUAUUUAGGAAUUGCCAACGUGUCACGGCUGUCGAUUCAUUGAAACGGGAACGGCAGCCUAUCCCAGCGCAACGAUUCGUUACUUCCCCUUUGUCACCGGCUACUUGCAAUGCAAAAAAACAAAACCCCUCGUGGUUACCAAGGCUCUCUCAGUGCCCGGGUGUCCUCUCGUGCUGCCAGCAUGAUGCCAAUGAGGUUCAAGGACUCUUUCUGGUGCGCCGACUUCACGAGCACCGUGGGUUAUGAUGUCCUCGUCGCCCGACUCACGGAUGGCCGCAAAAUGUGCAAAGACGUGGAGGAUCUCAUCAAAAGCAGAGCAAACCUGGAGGAUCGCUACGGAAAGGAUCUCAUUCAUCUGGCCCGGAAAGCUGGUGGGCACACAGAGCUUAAUGCUCUGCGAAAGUCCUUUGACACCAUGAAACAACAGCUGGAGUGGCUGGGCUCAGCGCACAUGCAGCUGGCGACCAGUCUGCGCGACGAGGCGCGCAGGCUGGAGGAGUUCCGCGAGAAGCAACGCGAGCAGCGCAAGAAGGUGGAGUCUGCGAUGGACAAACUGCACAAGCAACGGGCCACGCUGCACAAGAAGACCCUGGAUGCGAAGCGCGGCUACGAGCAGCGGUGCCGCGAAGCGGACGAGGCGGAGAGCGCCGCGCACAACAAGAACGCCGCCUGCGCGACCCCGCGGCAGCAGGAGAAGGUGAAGGCGAAGGGUCUUCAGACGCGGGAGGCAGCGCACGAGGCUGACAGGCAGUACCAGCAGCUUGUGGACAACCUGGAGGCCUUGCGGAGAGACUGGGAGAGUGAGCACGUGAACGCAUGCGAGGGCUUUGAGCAGCAGGAGUUUCAGAGGGUCAAUGUCCUGCGCAACUCCAUGUGGAUCCACACCAACCAGCUGUCCCAGCAGUGCGUGCAGGACGACGAGAUUUACGAAGGCGUGAGAAAAGUCCUGGAGCAGUGUGACCUCCAGGCUGAGAUCGACUAUUUUGUCCAGCUCAAGCAGACGGGCUCCGAUCGCCCGGCUCCCAUCGUGUAUGAGAACUAUUACAUGAAGAUCAGGGAUAACAGCAUGUUCGCUCUGGACACGUGCAGUCAAGGCACCCCCAACGCGAAACGCAGGAACUCUCCUAUUGCCAUGAACUCUCCGAAAGAAAAACACAAGAGUACGCUCCAUAAAGGAACCAGGGACAUUGAGUGUGGUGGAGGGCGAUCAGGUCCUGGUGCUGAGCGGUGGCGCCGAUGCCGGGUGGGUGAUGGCGGAGAAGUGCGGCCAAAGAGGGCACGUUCCUGCUUCCUACCUGGAGGCCAUUUGACCAGGCAUUCAUCAUCAUCAUCAUCACGAUCCAUGGGCAGAUCGCCCAGUAGGUGUCCAUUUGUUUCCACUUUCCUCUUCGUUUUGUGCCAAUCUGCUCAAGUGGUGCACGUAUUGUUUUCAUCAAGCCGUUCUCUGUUAGGUCUUCCUCUCUUUCCGGUUCCUUCCAUUUUUCCGAACAACACACUUUCAAUCUUCCUGUUGUUCAUCCUAUACGUGUCCAAAUAGUGGCAGUUUCCUUCUUAUCACUGCCUGCAUCAGGUAUUCUUCUGAGCAACCGUUUUUCUACUUCUACGUCGGUCACCCUUUGGGUCCAGUUUAGAUGCAGUAUACAUCUAGAGCAAUACAUUUUGCAUUGGAUUCCUUUCGUCUUUUUUCUCCACGGCCGAAGUAUCGGCACCAUUUUGCCCAACCCUCCUCCAUUUGCUCCAGUUGUGGAACUGGCUCAGGUAUCCACUGGAUUGUGAACUCCCGAGGUGGAGUUGACCUGGCAUUACUCGAGACGUAUACUUCAUUUGCGCAACACCUACAUUUGCUGCGUUGAUAUCCUGUAUUUUAUUUCCCUUUGUUUUUAUAUGAUUUUUAUUUGCUUGGCUUCUAUGGCGCAACUUUAAAAAAUUGUCAAGGUUACCCAGCAAAUUACUCAAUUUGGAGUACGUAUACAUAAUAAUUAUUUGCUCACUACUCUGAAACUCAGCAGGACCCUCCUGAAAAAGAGACACGAGACGCAGCGGGGCUUUCCUGGGUAAACCAGUGUAAUCAUAACAAAACGCUCUUGUUGCUUUUUAAACCUUCGUAAGUGCCAGUCAUUACACCCGUAUCAGCUCGCCCUCAAUUGAUCGAAUGGCAGUGUCAAAGCAAAUACGGUUGAAAAGUCUGUGUUUAUUAACGUCACAGAGAGCCAUUUUAUCUACCAACAUAUCAAGAAUGACACCGUGCAGAACGAGAGAAGAGGGAUUAAUCGAGAAUUUAAAAUAAAAUAUGACCAUGCAGAAAUCAGUGGUGGAUUCUAGCCAGAAAUCAGUGAUGGAUCAUUCCCAGAGAAAAUAAAAACGCUAUUUUAUUGUCAAGAAUGUCAAUAAUGUAGUGGCCAUAUUUAAAUGCUUGAAAUUGUGUGCCCUUCCACCCUGCUUAGGAAUUUUUAGAUCUGCCUCUUGCAGUAAUAUGCCUGCUGCUUCUGUAACCUGCCCAUGGCUUCAGACAAACACGCACACACGCAGUUUCGGGGACGAAGAGAUACACUCCCAAGAUUCCAGGGCAGCAGAAUAGUUGGUUAAGCUAAGGACACUGUCCGCAGCUGAAAUUUGCAGGCUGACGGAAACUGGGCCACGUUCGAGAAAUUAACAAUAUCGUUAGACUUCCAUUUGUUAUAUUCGUGAAAUGUAUUUUUUAUGAUUUUGCAUGCACGCAAGCCAUCGCAGUAGCUUAUCUUGUAUUGCCUUGUUGCAAUGUCUUGGA